GUCGCAAAUUAUAGGUGACUAUGAGGUUGAGAUCCGCGGAUAACCGUCGUGUGCACCGUUCAGCCAGCCAUUGUUAGCGUUCGGUAGUAGUGAACUAACUCCGAAGCCUCCCAUCAAGCUUCAGCCCCAAGGAUCUGACAUCUCGGAUUGCUGCGAGCGUCGUCAGGAUCCGUUUGAGUGCCUCCAAAGACCAGCAAGAAUCUUGUGUUAUAUUUGUGUAUAACGCUUGCUGUGAAUCGAUCGAUCAUGGAAGGCUUCAACCUCAACUCUCUCCGCGACUUCAUCCCGAAGAGGCUCCCCCGGUUACCCACGUGGCCAGCUAGCAACGACACCGAUGACCUUCCCGGUAGCGUGACAGCCCCUCAAUCUGACCUACCACUGGAUGAAACAUCCACCGAACCAGCCUUGACGAUAGCAGAACCUAUGCCCAUCUCCUCCGGCCCCAAAAGCAACCUCGACCUUCUCAAUGAAUGCGACAACUUCCCUUACUACCAGAGUAACCCGGAAGCCUACUAUGCACAUGUCGACACCUACUAUGCACUCUACGUCAAAGACUUCCCGGAGACACCACUCGGCUACAUCCUACCCUCCGUCUCGCAGGUUUUCAAAGGCUUACCGCACUGGCAACUGAAUGACCGAGAACGCACGCUCACUCUCACCACCGGCGACACGGAAGCGGAAAGGAGCGAAGCUGUGGCCAUCACGUGCGAAGCUCUUCGCGCAACGGACCAUUUCCGCGUCCUGCGUGGUUGGCGGAACGAGCUGUACCCGGUUUAUGGACCAGACAGAGAGGUACUCUUCAGCAUAGAGCGAGCUGCAAGCGCUUUAUUCGGUAUAGUGACGUAUGGCUGCCAUAUGACUGGCUACGUACGCAGUAAACGGCCGAAGAGCGAGGCAGAGGUCGGCGGUGAGGCUGAAGAGCUGAAGAUCUGGGUCCCGCGGCGAGCGGCGACCAAGCAGACCUAUGGCGGGAUGCUGGACAAUACCGUCGCAGGCGGGAUUGCUACGGGAGAAAACCCAUUCGAAAGUAUGGUCCGCGAGAGUGCAGAGGAAGCAAGUCUGCCAGAAGAACUGGUGCGCGAAAAGGCGAAAUCGGUAGGCACGGUAACUUAUUUUCAUAUCCGCGACCAGCGGGCGGGAGGCGAGACGAGGUUGUUGCAGCCGGAGUGCCAGUACGUGUAUGAUUUGGAGCUGCCGGAUAGUGUUGUGCCGAAGCCGAGCGAUGAGGAGGUUGAAGGCUUCGAGCUGAUGAGCGUGGAAGAGGUACAAGUGAGAUUGAGAGGUGGUGAGUUCAAGCCGAACUGCGCGCUUGUGAUCCUCGAUUUCUUCGUCAGGCAUGGGAUUCUGACGGCGGAGGAGGAAGGGUACGUUGAGCUCGUGGCGAGACUCCAUCGCAAGCUCGAGUUUCCAACGAGAUAGAGCGCAGCAUGCGCGCACAUUUGUCGUGUAAUUAAGAUACCCAUGAAGCACCGUCUAAAUGCUUGCAGCAUUUGCGGACCACCAACGCCUGGCUAAGAGCAAAGCAACCAAGACAAGCCUCUAACAGCACGCUGGAUUUGGCUCAUCGCUUUAAUAGCAGGUAGACAUUGUCGAUGCGCAGCGGCGAAAGCUUCUUGUAGGGUCCGUCAAGGCACAUCAACAACCCGCCAAACGAGACAUACACCUUGCUAAAGCACACAGUCAGCUAUUAUCUCACCCUCAAAUUCACCAGUCCACGGAAACAACUCACAUAUUCUCCCCCUCUCCCGGAUCCUCAUGCCUAUACACCUUCCCGUAACAUACAUAAUCCCACAAAUCGGCCAACGUCUGCUCUUGCC